AUGAAUAUAUUACCUGAGUCACUAUCAGGUGCUGAGAACCAGUCGGCUAAAAACACUUGCGCUCGGUGCAAAGGAAGCAAAAAGAAAUGCGAUAAAGCGCUACCAAGCUGUGCACGAUGCUCUAGACUCUCACUGAGCUGCGCGUAUGAUGAGCCCUCCGAUGCGCCUGACACGAGCGCUGGCUCGGAAUUUCUCUUGAAGGAAAUACUGCGUCGAAUUGGCAAUAUUGAGAACCAUCUCUCAAAAGAUGAGGAUCAAGAGUCUGCCGAAGAGAAUCAGACUAUUCUACCCCAGACGGCUCAUGCCAGCGAAGAGCCAGCUAAUCGCACCGAGGUACAAAAUUGGCAAAUCAAGCCAAGUCUUCUCAGGCCAUCGUACCGUGCUUUUCUUUCAGGUAUUGAUUUGAUGCGAUUCAUUGAAGUCAGAAAAACCUCAAUGGACAAGAUACGUCAAACGUACUCGCAACAUUAUGGCUGGUUGCCUAUCAUCUCCGAAAGACUGAUCCUGAAUGAAUUCAGUAUAAUUCAAAAUAACGAGUCGUCUGUGGCAUGCGCCACAUUGGUAUUCUCCAUGCUACUCGUUACUUCCAAUCCGUUCGAUGACGAGGAAAGACUCUCGCCCACCGAAUCUCACUUAUAUUUGACCACGAAAUAUCAUUUUACCCUCUCCGCGUCUCUAUCCUACCCUUCGAUAGAGCUUGUGCAGGCUGGGAUAUUAAUAGCUGUAUACGAAUUUACCCAAGGAGCCGGUGAUAUGGCUUAUGUCACUAUUGGAACAUGUGCGAGGCUAUCCUCUCUACUCGGACUGCAUAGAGCUGUAUCAUGCCCUGCCAACAUGACAGUGGAAGUUCAAAAUGUGACGGAGGAGCAGAAUUGCACUUGGUGGGGUAUUGUUGUGGUAGAUAGGUGA